AUGACUACAGUGCAGGAUACUGCCACAUGGAAAAACAAAGCUGUCUCUAAAGUCAGUGACAUGUCCAGGGGUGGUAAUAAAACAGAUAAGCAGAAACAAUCUACUGUGUCUUGUUCUUAUCUGCAGGGUGAUGACAAGGUGGACUUGUGUGGCCGGGGAAGCUGGUGGCUGGGAACACUGAAAGACACACCCAUCCCAGGUGUCUAUCACAUCCGCGACUUCCUCGAAGAGGCUGAACUGAACCCGGUGAGGAAGACCUACGGGUUCAAAGGCGUUGGCAGAAAAGCCCAACCUCUGGGCGUACGUAAGGGGGAUUUACUUCUCCCUGGGGCGUAUGACUACAUCGACUCCAUCCAGGAGGUCUUGAAGCACCAGGCGUCCUACUCUUUCAAAAACUGUCCACGGCCCAACAUCGUCACCCUGGGCAUCAGGGACAAGCAUAUAAACACUUCACCGUGCGACUAUGAUGUGACAGCGAAACCAGUGGAGAAGAUUCCCUGCAAGCAUGUGAUGUUUCGGUCGACCGUGCAGCGGAUCAGCUUUCCUCCUAAAGAGGGGCCUGCUCCAUGCCACUAUAAUCCACAGACCAGUCCAGGAAAAGGCAUCACUUCCUGCUUCAAAUCCACAUUGCCGCGGCUUCACUGUGUUCACUCUAAGACCCCAGGACCAGGGGCCCACGAACCUUGCUGGAAGUUGGGUGAUCGUGUGAACACAGAAGCCAUAGACCCAUCAUUUAGCCUCUUCUUUCGCAACAUUCUCUAAUGUGGACUGCGCCAUCUCCCCUUCCUGUCAGCUUGAUGGCAGAUCAC